AUGCGGGCCACAGCUGCCGACUGCCUGAUCUGUCUACCCCAGACAUCCGCGCGGGGCACACGGCCACGCUCGCCGACCCCCACCCUCACCCCACCCCCCGACGGACACGGUCCCGUGCACAUACAGGACACUCAGGCUUUUGCAGACCCGGAACGACAGACCACAGGGGCUGACAGUGCCACCCAGGACUGGGAGAAGGAGGCGGAGAAAGAGGAAAAGAAAACAAAGGAAGCUGCAGGAGCGUCUGUGGGGAGGGGCACAGGGACCCCCAAAUCUCCCAGGGCUCCGCUGGGCCUGAGAAGGAAAGGCUGGGAGGAAAGUGCUCCGGGACUCAAGAUUCUACUGCACCCACUCCUGACCAGGUGGGCUCUGUGGUUCUCCAAAAAUGACAGAAGCCGAGCCUGGCGUGAUAGUCUGCAGCUCAUCACCAAGUUUGACACGGUGGAGGAUUUCUGGGCAGUGUACAGCAACAUCAAGCUGGCCAGUAGGCUGUCCACGGGCUGUGACUACGCCCUGUUCAGGGAUGGCAUUGAACCCAUGUGGGAAGACAGCAUGAACAAGAAGGGUGGACGCUGGCUGGUUUGCCUGGCCAGGCAACAGCGACACACGGAUCUGGACCGCCUGUGGCUGGAGACGCUGCUGUGUCUGAUUGGGGAGAACUUUGCAGAGCAUGGACCGGAAGUGUGUGGAGCUGUUAUCAACAUCCGCACCAAGAGGGACAAGAUUGCUGUGUGGACCAGGGAGGCAGAGAACCAGGAGGGUGUCCUGCAUAUUGGGCGUAUCUACAAGGAACGUCUGAGGCUCUCCUCCACGGCCAUCAUUGGGUACCAGGCUCAUGUAGACACAGCUGUGAAGAGCAGCUUCUUACCCAAGAACAAAUUCAUGGUGUGAGGGAUCCGGAGGGUGCUGGUUGCACCACCAUCUUUGGGCAGAACUCAUUCUUUCCUCUCCCGAGGUGAAACACAAAACUUCUGUUAUUGUUGGACUCUGCAACACCCAGCAGAGCUCAGGGGCUAUUCCCAGCUCUUAGGCUCAAGAGCAUCCCUGGUGGGAAUCACUUGAUGGUGCCAGGGAAACUAACCAGGGUUGGCCACAUGCAAGGCAAGUGCCUUACUUGGUACUCUAUAGAUCCACAAACUGGAGUUAGUGCUCAGCAAGAGGGCAGAAAACCACGUUCCUUGUGUGGUGGGGGAUAAGGGAUCAGUGGAUCUUUCUAGGAUCCAGCACUGUUCUCUGUGCAGGUCCUGGUGGGAAGAA